AUGGCCAGAGACACUCGGUUCUGGACUUGGGACUGGUCACUAGCCGCCCAUGAGAUCUUUGAGAUCCUUGAGAUCCUUGAGAUUACCUAUGACAGUUGCCGUCCUCGCCCAGGCAUUGCCUUCGAGUACAUAGAGGCAGUUUGCAUUGGUUUCUUUACUGUGGAGUAUGUUCUGCGAAUCCUGCUGGUGCACCGAGUGUCGUGGCAAGAAAUUGGCUUACCCUCCAAGGUUGGCCCACUGACAAAGACGUGGAAGUAUGCUACGCAGUGGUUGAAUUUGGUGGACUUUCUUGCCAUUGCACCCUACUAUGUGUCUCUCAGUGGCCUCUACGAGGGGAGUACCGGCGCCCUGCGAGUCCUUCGGUUGGUGAGAGUGUUCCGCUUACUAAAAUCUCCAAAGUUGAGAGAUGGCGUGGACAUGGUCAUCAGCGUUGUCGGGGAAUCCUUGCCUGGGAUUCUGUCCGUGUUCUCUUUGACCAGCAUCGUGUGCAUUCUCUUUUCCUCCUGCCUUUGGAUUGCAGAAGGGACGGACUACUCUGUGACCUACAAACCGGAUCUGUAUCCUCGGGGUGUUUACGUCAGGCCACAGAAGCAUGGCUACGGACAGGAGCCAACACCCUUCACAUCCAUCAGCCAUUGCUUUUGGUGGUUUUUCGUGACAGCAACAACUGUGGGAUACGGGGACGAGUUCCCAACGACUACUCUGGGCAGAGUCACAGCAGUCGGCACUUUUUAUGCUGGCAUCGUUUUAGUGGCGAUCGAGCUCACCAUUGUAGGCAGAGCCUUAAAGCAAAGCCUUCCCCAGUGGAGCGGCCAGGUCAGCAGCAAGCGUUGA